AUGGACAACUUCUCGACUUCCUUGGCUGAAGCGCUGCCGCCUGUCGACGCUUCUCGCGCCACGACGGUCAAUGAUUCUGCACCUGCUGUUCAUGUCGCACCUGCAUCUGCCGAGCCUGUGGCGCCCAGCUUGCACUUAAACACACCCGUACCCGAUGCGAGCUCUAGUGCGCCCGCUUCAUCUGCUCGGACACCGACGAGAGAGGAAGAGCAGCCGUUGGUGUGGAAUCUGAAGGAGAUCGAGUUCAACGGCGCGCGGCGGAAGAUUGUCAUGCAAGAUACCGGAGGGCCAUGCUCGUUCCUCGCCAUCUGCAAUAUCUUGAUCCUUCGCGGACACCUCCCCAUCGAUCCACCUGGACGGACCAGUGUCAGCUACAACUACCUUAGCACGCACCUGGCCGAGCAUCUUCUAUCCAGUGCACCAGACGUCGAUAUUGGGGCCGCGCUGAGCGUUAUGCCGCUCACUAUCAAGGGUAUGGACCUCAACCCCGUAUUCACUUCUCCUGUUGCCUUCCAACCCGCAAGUACUGGAGGCGAACUCGCGCUCUUCGCUCAGGCCGGCAUCUCGCUGGUGCACGGAUGGCUCGCAGAUCCUUCGUCACCCGAAUACUCUGCCCUAACUCGCGCACGGGACUACGACGCAGCAACAGACGUGAUCGUCGCAGCAGACGUCCUUACGCGCGGGAAACUUGUGCUCGACGACACUGUAUCGGAACCCAGUGGAAGCGGCAGUGGAAGCGGAAGUGCUGGACCGAGUGGGAGUGGCAGCGCAGGUCCAGUCGGAAGUAGUGGUCAUACUGGUGGUCUGAGCGCACAGGAUAGGCAGAAGGUUGAGGAUGCGAUCGCGCUAAGAGCUUGGCUCGAUGCUACGCGCUCGCAGUUGACGUAUCACGGACUAUUCACCCUUGCGGGGUCCUUAGGCGAAGGCAUGGGUCUCGGUAGCGACGGUCUCUUCGCGCUUUUCCGCAACGCGCAUCUUGCUGUACUGUUCAAACAUCCGGACGGCUCUCUAUAUACCCUCGCGACCGACGAAAGCUUCCUGCGAGAACCAAGCGUCGUAUGGGAACGUCUGGAAGACGUUGACCAAGCGAGUGCUUCGUUCGUCGAUCAUAGGUUUACGCCGAGUGCGCCUGUCGGUGGCGACUGGGCCGGAUGGAGACCAUCCGAUGCGGCUGGGAGCGGAGAGGCCGGCGAUGAAGCGCUCGCGCGUCAACUUCAAGGCGAAGAGGACGAAGCAGCGCGUAUGCGGUACGAGCAACGCAAUCGUCAGCGCCAACAUCAGCCCAACCAACAAGCUCAAAGCCCCGGAGGCCAUCCACAUGGAGUGGGACAAGGAUAUGCGGGAGAUCUUGCGAGCGAACGUGGGCGGAGCUGGCGCCCUGAAGCGCAGGGUGAGCGGAAGGAGAAGAAGAAGAAAGACUGCAUCAUCAUGUAG